CCGAUAAUUAAUCCGCUGAUUGAUUACAUAACAAGUGACUUUGAACAAGUGGCCUUAUUCACUUGUCACAUCAUUUUUUGAGCGUUCGCUUCGCAUUUCUGCUUCAAAAUUUUUGGUUAUCGAGAAUCCCGAAGAAUCGAGCAGACUGUGAAUCACGUGUGUGACGUCAACGGUCUUCCAAAGUACGCUCCGUGGAAUUUGCCUAACCUCUAGACACGUGGACGUUGCAGUUAAGCGAGCAUCAUGGGAGUACCGGCUGGUGAUGUCGAAAAGGGCAAGAAACUCUUCGUCCAAAGGUGCGCGCAGUGCCACACUGUCGAGGCCGGAGGCAAACACAAGACCGGCCCCAAUUUGCACGGAUUGAUCGGACGGAAAACGGGGCAAGCCGCCGGUUUUGCUUACACCGACGCCAAUAAAGCCAAAGGAAUCACAUGGAACAAAGACACGCUGUUUGAGUACCUCGAAAACCCCAAGAAAUACAUCCCCGGAACAAAAAUGGUCUUCGCUGGUCUGAAGAAGCCGCAAGAACGGGCGGAUCUUAUCGCUUACUUGGAACAAGCAACCAAAUAAACUGCCGAAAUCGCCGGUAAAGUCCAAAUUACGACAGCCCGUAUGUGUGUGCACAUAUUUGCCGUAAUCUUGACUUUAAAUCGCUCGUAUUAGUAGUCAUUUUGUCGGUUGAGUACAGUUGUCGUCACUUGUACAAAACCGGGGAAAUACUUGUACAAACUAGCCAAUUUUUCCUUAAAUUAUUCAAUUGACCGACAUUUUCAUUGUAACGCUGUACAGUAAGCAUUAGAUAACUUAUUUUAUUUUUGUGUUUGUUUUAUCUGUUUCACGUUACCGCAAGAAGAUUCAAAAAUAAAUUAUUAUCGUUUA